AAAAUAAUCUAACGUAGAAAUGUCAAGAGCACUCGAUGACUUACAGAUAGAGGAUAUCGGACCUGACGUAGACAGAACUCCUGGAGUGAGAGGGUUUGGCUAUGCCAAACAAAAGUCUAAAGACUUUGAAAAUGAUUGGGACGCAGAGAGUAGCGAUGAUAACGAGUAUGGCUUCAAACCUAAUGCAGGCCUUCAGCUCAACUCUCAUAUUAAUAGUGUCCCUGGGAAACGAAUGCAGUCAUUUAAUGCUAUGAAUAAGCAGAAUAAGGGCCCAUUCGGGACCAAGAAGAGAGGACAAAGCAUGAGCAAGAAUCCAAAUUCAAGUUCUGAAUAUAAUAACAUUUUCUAUGGUUCCCGGGGAGCCAAGAACCAUGAUUCUUCCCAAGCAGGAAAUGAAACUUCCUUCCAUUCAGAGAUGAUGAGCAAUAAUGACUCAGACAUUAGCGCUGUCCCAAUGGAGCAAAGAGAGAGAAAAAUCUACUAUGACGCGAGCUCUCCCUCAAAUAGCCCAGCUAAAAAGCUAGGCAAAGCUAGAGGAGGUAGCAACUUCAAAAGAGCAAUCCCCAAAGCUGCUGAAGAGUCUGAAGUAUUCGAUGAAGAAAAGAAGCAACCUAGUCCGAAGAAGGAAAUCAAGGUUAUCAAAUAAAUCAGGGAAAGUGAAAAUUAACUUCAAUUUUGACUCUGAUUCUGAUGAUGAUGUCCAGAUAAACCAAGAAAGCAUCAAAAUUAAGACCCAAAAAGGAAAGAUUAAAGACACUUCCAUUCCUGGGAAAUUUAUGAGUAAUUCAGAUAUCAGGAAGAAGUUGGGCAAGAUCGCAACAGAGGAAAAUAAGAUUUCAAAGAUGAGAAGCCACUUUGAAGAUGCUGAAGAUGACGCGGCAGAGGAAGCCGUGGAAAUCCCUAAAGAAAAGACAAGAAAUGAAUGCCUCAGCCCAAAGAAAAUUGCUUUUGUCACAGAGGAGGAUAAGCAAGAAAAUAUUGAUCCAGCUAAAAAUAAAAGGGGACAUUCCAGUUCCCUUGACUCUUCUGACUCCAAGGAGGAGGCUAAAGAAGAAUUUAAGGAUGAAGUUAAGAUAUAUCUGAACUCUUGUUCUGGCUAUAAGACUAAUAACGAUCCUUUGCAUAAAAAUCCUACUAAAUUACAGCCCUUGGAGAAACAGAUGAAGUUGCAAGCAGCUUAUUUAAAUUAUGUUUUUGAAAAGCCUUUGGAAGAAGCCAAAGAGCUCCUCGCAAGACCGAUUCCCAAAGAAAUAGGUACUCUAAUGCUAACAAUCGUGAGGAACAAAUCUGGGCUCAGCAGAUGGAAGCCAAAAUACACUCUUGUAGCAUUCCUAGUGAACAAGAGUAGUAAGAGUAAUGAAUGCAAGGAACUGCUUGUUGGGAAGAAGAGGUCUAACAACAAGAAGCCAACUUACCUGAUUUCUCUUGAUAUUUCAAAUCCAAAGCCUAAAGGCCCAGCUUAUGUUGGAAAAGUAAAACUUGUCAACAAGAAAAAGACCAACUUUGUUGUGUAUGACCAUGGUCUGAACCCAAAGAAGGAUAGGAAACCCAAGUGGAGGAAGACACUCUGCGAUCUCCAAUUUGAAAAUAAGAAGAUUCCAAAAUUCGGAACUGCCAGGAUUGCAACCGCCUCUUUCGUUCCGAUAGAAGAUAAUUUCUUAACCGGUAGGAAAUUCCAAGACUACCUCAGAGUGGAGACUCAUGAGAUUAUCAGACUGAUGAAAAGUCUUGUUGUAUGUGAGAGCAAGAUGCCCUCAUACGACAAGGAAAAGAAUAAAUAUGUAAUGAACUUCCAGAGCAGGGCUGGUGCAAAGAGUGUAAAGAGCACAUCCUUAAUCCUCAAAAGACUGAAUGAAGAAAAAGAGAACAAUGAGUGCCAAAUCGGGGACGAAAUCUUCUCCUUAUGCAGAUGGGAUAAGACAAGAUUCAAUCUCGACUUGCAAUACCCCAUGUCUAUCCUAUCCGCCUUCGGAACUGCUCUGUCCAUUUUUGAACUUGGCUAAAUCAGCCCACUGAAUCGCUAAAAUUAUUCAACA